AUGGUAUAAACGAUCUGAAGGACUUGAAGACACUUUUUUUCGGCUGUUCCACUUUUUUUGCGACUUUCGAAAAAUUUGCAGCGGUAACACUGCCGAUAGCAUACAUGUAUUCGUUUCAUCAUGACAAUCCUGCCAUCUGUUUGUCGACUGAGCUUGAAAUAGAUUUUACCGGCAAAUUUAUAUUUCUAUCAAUAGUUCUAAUUUACCAAAGUAAUUAUAGAAUUUCAGAUUCGUUAUAAAAUGGAUCUUAGCUUUAUUGAGAAUACGUCAACUCCUCGAGACAGCACGUAUUCUUUUAGCCUUGAUAAAAAGGUUAGCUUCUGCAGUAUGGAAAUGAGCACAACAGUGGCCGAUGAACAAUCGGCAACAAAUAAUGAGUCAACUACUAAGGACGACUCCUGCGAACUAUCGGCAAAUUGUGCGGCCAUUUCUUUGGACGAGAGUGCGACUAUUGAAGCAGUGGAAGCCGAAGAGAGCUUGGGACAAAUUGAAAUGUUGAACGGCACAGAACAAACCAACGAUGUUGAAGCACCUACUGAAGUCCAAUACCAAGUAGAGGAGGAGGAAUUCUUUCAAAAUGCUUUAAUAGAACUAGGGCGUCGAUUGUGGAAAUCUUCUGCAGAGAAACAACACUACACAAAAGGCUGUUUAUGGUCCCCAGAUGGCUUAUGUAUAUUGCUGCCUGUACAUUUAGAUGGCAUGCAUGUUAUUGAGCUACCGUCGGAUGUCUAUACAGAUUGCGCCAAACAACAGGUUACAGCGACGCGGACGCUAAGUAAACUAGAAACGGCAGUGCAUGUUAAGGAAGGUGGCACUGUUUAUGAUUACGUAUGGUAUCCAUUUAUGAAUAGCCAGUCGCCGGUGACUUGUUGCUGGCUGGCAACACGACAACAUGAGCCCAUCCAUAUGUGGGAUGCAUUUACCGGUGAGCUGCGUUGCACCUAUCGCGGUUAUGAUAGUGUAGAUGAGGUGGAAUCUGCAAUAGCUGUCACAUUUUCAAACGAUGGUGAACAAGUUUUUGGCGGUUAUAAAAAGUCUAUAAAAGUAUUUGACACCAAUGUGCCUGGUCGUGACUCGAGUUCGUUUCCAGUGAAACAAGCUGUUUCUUGUUUUGCUCUCACCACAAACAACGAUAGCACUGUAACAACGGGAUCUUGGAUGGGCUAUAUCAAUCAUUACGAUUUGCGCGCACCUAAACUGGGGUCACUAUUUACUCUAGGCGGCCAUACUGGCGGUAUUACGUGGCUACGAUAUGCUGCUUUAGCAGAUAGCGACAGUUGGUCAUUAUUUAGUGGCGCGCGUAAGGAUAACAAAAUCUUAGAAUGGGAUAUGCGGAAUUAUCUCAAGCCAGUGAGAGAAUUUACACGCAAUAUUGGAACGAAUCAACGCAUCUACUUCGACUUAAGCCCGCAGGAGCAGCGUUGGCUGGUAAGCGGCGAUACCACGGGAAAGCUACGAAUAUGGGAUUUACAGAACAACGUCGAAGAAGCGCAACCUCUGCAUGGCGAUUGCUGUAACGGAGUUAACUUUCAUCCCAGCUUACCUAUACUGGCUACAACUUCAGGGCAACAUCAUUUCGUGAAUUCAUCGCAUAAUGAAGAAUCUCCUGAGUCUAAAAAGAGUGCUAUGCAAGAUGAAGACAUAAUAAUAGAUUAUGAAAAUGCACUGAUGCUUUGGUGGAUUGGCCCAUAAGCAAUAGAUUAAGAGUCCGCAGAUAACAUUAAAUAUAAAUUGAGCUAUAAGCUAUUCCGAUGUUUGUAUGGGCUGUUUCGAAAUGGUUUUUCAAGUUUUUGUAUCUACAUAAUUUAAACUACACAUUUUAUUUAUAUGAUUCAAAGCUAUAUAAAUUUAGCACAAGAAACGUAUGAAUCGGCAGUGGAGUCAAUAGUUAUACGUACUUUAAGCAAAAAUUCAUAUAAGAAGAUAAGGAUUGUUUCUUAGAUAAUGCGUUGUAUUUACAUAAUUUAAACUAUUUUAUUUAUGAAAUAAUCCUAAGCUGUAUAAAAAUUUAGAGCAAGAAGCUUAUGCAUGGUUACACAUAUCCAAGAAAUCUUAACUGAAAAUACAAAAAGUGUAAAAUUAAAUUUGAA